UACGGCCUCAGCUCCUUCCUGCUCGUGGUGGUGAACAAGAGCGUGCUGAGCAACCGCAGGUUUCCCUCUUCGCUAUGUGUUGGUCUUGGCCAGAUGCUGGCGACUGUGGUCGUGCUCUGGGUGGGAAAGGCUCUGAGGGUGGUGAAUUUUCCAGACUUCGACCUGCACAUACCUCGAAAGACUUUUCCACUACCUCUCCUGUAUUUUGGGAAUCAAAUCACAGGACUGUUCAGCACAAAGAAGCUAAACCUCCCCAUGUUCACAGUUCUCCGCCGUUUCUCAAUUUUGUUUACAAUGAUGGCUGAGGGCUUUUUACUCAAGAAGAAGUUUUCUCGCAGUAUUCAGAUGACAGUAUUUGCUAUGAUGAUAGGGGCAUUUAUCGCUGCCAGUGCUGAUCUGGCAUUCGACCUUGAAGGGUACAUAUUCAUUCUGGUUAAUGAUGUCCUAACGGCAGCCAAUGGGGCUUAUGUAAAGCAGAAGUUGGAUUCCAAGGAACUUGGAAAGUAUGGCUUGCUGUAUUACAAUGCAUUGUUCAUGAUUGUCCCCACGUUGGCCAUCGCUUAUAUAACUGGGGAUGUCCAGAAG